AAACCUAAAGACUUUGGUGGUGGGAACUUUCCUUUUGGUGAUGGGAGCCGUGGCCACGGCACCCACAGAAGCAUUGUCCAGGCUACACCUUCCCCGGGAUGAACAGGCCAACAGUCUGGGGUGAGGGCAUCGGGGGGAGUGGAAGAAUGUUGCUACUCUUAGGACUCUUAGAUUGAAACCAUCCAUGGAAACUGGUCAGCAGUUGGUGUUGAUGGUGACAAAUAAGGUUUGCUGCAAGCCCCAGACUCAUGACCUCCAUCAAGGAGCAGGCAGCCAUCAGCCGGCUGCUGAGCUUCCUGCAGGAGUGGGACAAUGCCGGCAAGGUGGCCAGGUGCCACAUCCUGGACAGAUUCAUCAGAUUCAACCACAGCAAGACAGCCCCGGAGCUGGAGCAGGAGUUUUCCCAAGGGGCCAGCUUGUUCCUGGCGCGGCUGACCACGUGGCUGCGGCUCAGCUACAUGGCGGGGACCUGCUUAAAAAAGCUGCUCAAGUCCAUCGGCAUCUUCCUCUCUGCCGUGAGCAGUAAUCGGUACCUGGUGGAAUUCCUUGAGGUUGGAGGAGUCUUAACCCUUUUGGAAAUCCUUGGACUAGAGAAAGUAAAGGAAGAGGACAAAAAGGAGGCUGUCCUGCUGCUGCAGAUGGUCGCCAACUGUGGACGGAAGUACAAGGAGCUCAUCUGUGAGAGCUACGGUGUGCGAUCCAUCGCAGAAUUUAUGGCAAAGUCCAAGUGCGAAGAUGCCCAGGAGGAGGUGCAGAUCCUGCUGGACUCUCUGGUCCACGGGAACCCCAAGUACCAGCACCAGGUGUACAAAGGCCUGAUUGCUCUGAUACCUUGUGCCAGCCCCAAAGCCCAGCAGCUGUCGCUUCAGACGCUCAGAAUAGCCCAGGCCAUCGUGGGGACGGUGCACCCCUCCAUAGUGGAGUUCCUGAUGGGGGUCCUGCGCACCAUGCACCUGGAAGUCCAGUACGAAGCCAUCGAGCUGAUCAAGGACCUCAUCAAAACUGACGUCCGGACUGCCCUGCUUAAAGGGCUGGUUGGGCUCCUGAGACCAUCGGCCAAAGACAUCUCCAAGCUUCAGCCCAAGGUCUUAGAAGAUCCAGCAGUAUUUCAGGUCUCUGGACACCUUCCUGUGUUUCUGCAACAAGCUGCAGCCGCCAAGAUCAUUGGGAUCUUAUCUCGGAAAUCCAUGUCGGUGGCACAGGAGCUGUUGUCCCUGCAGGUGAUCAGUGAGCUGAUGUUCACCAUGGGCAAUCGGGACCACAGCAACAGCCAGCGGCUGGCCAGCCUCACCCUGGAGUACUUUGUCCAGACGUUCCCCAUAGUGAAGGAGAAUGUGCAAACGGCCAUGGGGGAUACCCUGUUUCAGCUUUUCAUGGACAACACAGAGGACUUGUACUUGAAUAUGGACAGCAUCCAGGCCGACAUCCUGGCCUCCAACAAGAUCAACAUCCCUUUCGUCUUCAUCCCCCCGAUUCCCUGGGAGAGCCUCCAAGUCCCCAAGUCCGGGGAAGAAGACGACAAGAAAGAGGAAGUGGCUAAGGAGAGUAAAAAGCAGACGAAGUUCCUCUAAAAAAUUGCCCCACCUCUGGCCUAGUACCCCUCACCCCUGCCAGCAGCCGCCCACUAAAGUGGGGAAAGAGGAGGCUACUGAGGCCGAAGAGGUGCAGAAGCAGCUAUGGGGAUGCCGGGAGGGGAGGCUCCCCAUCCUGGGGUUCCAUGGCUGCCCCUUCGAUGCCCCUCCAACCUCUGUGUUUCUGAGGAAUGUGAGCCCAAUGAAUGGAGCCCAGGCAAUAAACAGUGUCCUUUCUU